AUGGUUGCGGCCCUUCGGGUGCAAGAUUGCCUCCCCUCCACGCGCGUUUCUUGCGUCUCCUCCGCGCCGAUCCGUCCCCGCGCACGCACCGCAGCAAACCAAAAAAGAGCCGCGAUUUUUCUCAGAAAAGAAUCCCCCUUCCUGUUCUUCGCCGGCCAAAAUCACCACUCACCCACCUUCUGUCGUCUCCGAGCUCUCGGAGUGCGUUGUCGCCGUCGCGUCGCUUGGGGAAGAGGAAUGGCGCGAGGCGUGGCGGCGGCGGUGUCGGCGUUGGGGGUCGUGGCGGUGCUCUUGACCGCCGCCGCGGCGAAGGUCUGCACGAACACGUUCCCGUCGUCGGAUUCGGUGGCGACCCACGCGGAGCGCGCCGCGGGGCAGCUGCGGCUGCCUGCCGGGCUCGCCGGCCGUGGCCACGGUCACGGGCACGCCCACGAGCAGCACCUCACCCCGACCGACGAGUCCGCCUGGAUGGAGCUCAUGCCGCGGAGGCUCCUAGGCGGCGGCGGCGGCGGCACCCCGCCACGCGUGGCGUUCGACUGGCUGAUGCUCUACCGCAAGCUCCGGGGCGGCGCUGCCGCCGUGGACGGCCCCGCGGGUCCGUUCCUCUGGGAGGCGUCGCUGCACGACGUGCGGCUCCAGCCGGGGACCCUGUACUGGCAGGCCCAGCAGACCAACCUGGAGUACCUGCUCCUCCUGGACACCGACCGCCUCGUCUGGAGCUUCCGCACGCAGGCCGGCCUGACGGCGACCGGGACGCCCUACGGCGGGUGGGAGGGGCCCAACGUCGAGCUCCGGGGACACUUCGUCGGGCACUACCUGAGCGCCACGGCCAAGAUGUGGGCGAGCACGCACAAUGACACCCUCCGUGCCAAGAUGUCGUCCGUCGUCGACGUGCUAAACGAUUGCCAGAAGAAGAUGGGCACAGGGUACCUGUCAGCCUUCCCAUCAGAGUUCUUCGACCGCACUGAAGCCCUCACUACUGUUUGGGCUCCUUACUACACAAUCCACAAGAUUAUGCAAGGUCUUCUUGAUCAGUAUACAGUGGCUGGAAACUCCAAGGCCCUUGAGAUGGUUGUGGGGAUGGCUAACUACUUCAGUGACCGGGUGAAGAAUGUCAUUCAGAAAUACAGCAUCGAGAGGCACUGGGCAUCGCUCAAUGAGGAGACUGGUGGCAUGAAUGAUGUGCUAUACCAGCUCUACACAAUAAUGGAUGAUCUGAAGCAUUUGACACUGGCCCACCUCUUUGACAAACCGUGCUUUCUCGGUCUGCUUGCAGUUCAGGCUGAUAGUAUUUCAGGUUUCCAUUCCAAUACGCAUAUUCCAGUUGUCAUUGGUGCCCAAAUGAGAUAUGAAGUCACCGGUGAUGCUCUUUACAAGCAAAUUGCAACAUCCUUUAUGGACAUGAUAAAUUCUUCUCAUAGCUAUGCAACUGGUGGGACAUCUGCCGGCGAAUUCUGGGCCGAUCCAAAGUGUUUAGCUGCGACUCUGAGUACUGAAAACGCGGAAUCUUGCACUACCUACAAUAUGCUCAAGGUUUCCCGCAACUUAUUCAGAUGGACAAAGGAAAUAGCAUAUGCGGACUAUUAUGAAAGGGCACUGAUAAAUGGUGUGUUAAGCAUCCAGAGAGGGACGGAUCCCGGAGUGAUGAUUUACAUGCUACCCCAGGCACCUGGACGGUCUAAAGCAGUAAGCUAUCAUGGUUGGGGAACCAAGUAUGAUUCGUUCUGGUGCUGUUAUGGAACAGGUAUAGAAUCCUUUUCGAAACUUGGCGAUUCUAUUUACUUUGAGGAGAAAGGAGACACACCAGCACUCAGCAUCAUUCAGUACAUACCAAGCACUUUCAACUGGAAAACAGCUGGGGUUACUGUUACCCAACAACUGGAGCCCCUCAGCUCCUCGGAUAUGAACUUUCGAGUUUCACUCUCUGUUUCCGGGAAGACAAAUGGUCAGUCUGCUACAUUGAAUGUGAGAAUACCAACAUGGACAUCUGCCAGUGGCGCAAAAGCAACUUUAAAUGACAAAGAUUUGGGAUCAGUAACUCCAGGCUCUUUACUCUCAGUCACCAAACAGUGGAGCUCAAACGAUCACCUAUCACUGCAAUUCCCAGUUGCCCUAAGGACCGAAGCAAUCAAAGAUGACCGGCCGGAGUAUGCAUCUCUUCAAGCAAUUCUAUUCGGGCCAUUCGUUCUUGCGGGUCUCUCCUCCGGUGAUUGGGAUGCAAAAACCGGCAGUGCAGUUUCGGACUGGAUCACUGCAGUACCUUCAUCACACAACUCACAGCUGAUGACCUUCACACAAGAAUCAAGUGGGAAGACAUUCGUCCUGUCAAGCUCAAACGGCUCCCUGACAAUGCAAGAACGGCCUGCAGUCGAUGGUACAGACACCGCCGUCCACGCGACAUUCAGGGUGCAUCCUCAGGACGCAGCAAGGCUGCACGGCACCUACGGCGCAGCCCUGAAAGACACCUCUGUGCAGAUCGAGCCAUUCGACAUGCCAGGAACGGUGAUCACCAAUGACCUCACCUUGUCCGCACAAAAGAGCGCCGGUUCCUUCUUCAACAUAGUACCCGGGCUCGACGGGAAGCCAAACUCGGUUUCGCUCGAGCUCGGGACCAAACCAGGGUGCUUCUUGGUGUCUGGGGCAGAUUACUCUGCCGGGACAAAGAUCCAGGUCAGCUGA